GCGGGACGGGGACGAAGAAAUCCCUUCCACCCCACCCUUCGGCCGGCUCCCUGCUUCUUUCCGCCACUCAGGCUGGUGGCUGGGUCCCGGAGCCCUCGGCUUUUCCUCCUUCGCGCGCUCAGUUCCAUCCCAUGCGGGCGGCGGCGGGGAAGGAGUUCUCUGGUGGCGGCAGCAGCAGCAGUCCAGACCCAGGCGGGCGGCGGGUCCGCGUUCUCUGGGCAUGUCCCGCUGCUGGCGCCUCUUUCGCUGAAUCCGGCUGAACAGCGGUGCUAGUGCCGCCGCCGCCGCCGCCUCGGCUAUUGCUGGCUGCUGCCGCCGAUAAAGAACAAGCCGCCGCUCAUGAGUGUGGAGACGUCUUCCCGCGCGUCUACGCACCUCCGCGCCCUCUUUAGGAUGGAGCCGGCUCCGCCCGUUGCCUCGGAGCAGCUAGUGGGAGCUUCAGAGUUCCUCAAAGACCGACUAUAUUUUGCUACUUUACGGAAUAGAGCCAAAAGCACAGUAAACACCCACUAUUUCUGUACGGACGAGGAACUUGUUUAUGAAAAUUUUUAUGCAGAUUUUGGACCUUUAAAUGUGGCUCUGGUAUAUCGAUUCUGCUGCAAACUAAACAAGAAAUUAAAGUCAUUCAGUCUAUCAAGAAAGAAAAUAGUAUAUUAUACCAGCUUUGACCAGCGGAAACGAGCAAAUGCUGCAUUUUUGAUAGGAUCAUAUGCAGUGAUCUACUUGAAGAAAACGCCAGAAGAAGCUUACCGACUACUUUUAUCUGGAUCUAAUCCACCAUAUCUUCCGUUUAGGGAUGCCUCCUUUGGAAACUCUACAUAUAAUCUAUCUAUUUUGGAUUGUCUGCAAGGAAUAAAAAAGGCCUUACAACAUGGGUUUGUUGACUUCAAGACGUUUGAUGCAGAUGAGUAUGAGCACUAUGAGCGAGUAGAAAAUGGUGACUUCAACUGGAUUGUUCCUGGGAAAUUUUUAGCAUUUAGUGGACCACAUCCAAAGACCAAGAUUGAAAAUGGCUACCCUCUGCAUGCGCCCGAAGCCUAUUUCCCAUAUUUCAGGAAGCACAACAUAACAACAAUCAUAAGACUCAACAAAAAGAUUUAUGAGGCAAAGCGUUUCACAGAUGGUGGGUUUGAGCACUACGACCUGUUCUUCAUAGAUGGAAGCACGCCAAGUGACAGUAUAUUGCGACAGUUCUUGAACAUUUGUGAGGAAGCAGAAGGUGCUAUAGCUGUCCAUUGUAAAGCUGGGCUAGGAAGAACAGGAACACUGAUAGCCUGUUAUAUAAUGAAACAUUAUAGAUUCACACAUUCAGAAGCCAUUGCUUGGAUACGAAUGUGUCGGCCAGGUUCUAUUAUUGGACCCCAGCAACACUUUCUUGAAGAAAUGCAGACGACAAUGUGGAUCCAAGGAGACAUCUACCGAGCCAAACAGAAACCAAGAGGAGUAGAUGAAGAUAACAUGAACAAAGUUGUGUCUGGUUUGGAUGACAUUUCCAUUAGUGGGACUUUGAUGAACAAAGUAGAAAAUUUGGAUAGAUAUGGAGAGAAUGACUUAGAAGACAAUGUAGAAGUGGACAUUAAGAAUGGCAUGACACAAGGAGACAAACUCCGUGCCUUAAAACUUCGGAGGCAGCCACGUUCAGCUACGACGGGAGCACUUAGAUUAGAAGAUAUGAAAAUCCACACCAGAUCCGUAUCCCAGCCUUUCAGACUGAAUACUGCAGCUAUCUCUCAAGGGUCUAUAUCUCCUUCGAAGUCCUCCAAAGUGAUGGUUGCUAUGUCACCUGCGGUAAAAAGAAUACAGAGACAUUCGAGCCCAGUUGUAAAAAGCAUUUCCAUAAACUCCAGGCUAGCCAGUUCUCUAGGGAACCUGUAUGCUGCUUCAGAUGAUGCUGAGAGCAAACUGACAUCAUCGUCCUCUAGGACAGGUUAUUCUGUAAACCAAAUCUCCAGUCAUUUGAAUGGCAGUGCACAGCUGCCUGCCAGAAAUUACCAUGAGCUGAACAACAACCUGUACAACAGGAGCGGAAGUAGUGCUACCAACCUCAACAGCUUUGCCAAUUCUCCCAGCAUCCUGACAGACGAGUACAGCACCUACAGAUCCUUUACGGGGCUCGCUGCUUCUCCAGCAAGAUAUCUGAGUCGUUCAAUUCCUUCCCUUCAGUCUGAAUAUGUUCAGUACUAAAGCCCUGUUGCUUCGGUGAAAACUGGACAGCUCCUAAAAAUCAAUGUUCUUCAAGGAGGAGCUCUGUUGAGGGAAACAACUCGCAGGAAGACACCUCUUCAUACAUGAUUAGAACUUAAGACAUCCAAGUCUCUGAACUAACCAGGGACGUCACUUAGUUGCUACUACAAAUGCACUGAAGUUAAACUUCUGACUAUUACACUUUUAAUACUGGGGACAUUUCUAAUGAUUUUAGCAAUACAUUUGUAAUUAUGGUUCUGGAUAUAGUGUUACAAUGUAUAUGUAUGGAGUAAAAUAUUUUGCAUGUGUAUAUAUCUAUAUAAAGAUAUAAUUAUGUAAAAAGUAGGCUAUAUUUUGAUUUAGGCUUUACUUUUUUAUCAGAAAUGUGUAUUUUUUCAAUAUAUAUUUUGUUUUAGAGUUCAAAUAUUAACCAGGAUCCAGAGAAUGUGGUGCAGAACACUUCUGCGCACACAUGGGGUGGGGUGGGGGGCCGAGGGGCUUGCUGAUAGGUGGCAUCCCUUCAUGCCACAUGAGCUGUCACUCCAAAGGGCCCCUCAACUUUUGUGGAGUGCACAAAGCUGCUGCUAGAAAUGGAGAGCCGAAAACUCUAUGUGCACAUUUGGAAGUGACCUUGCACAUCUCUCUUGAUCCUGGCCAUUAAGAAAAUAGGGCUGCUUGUUGGUUUUAUUUUAUGCAUCCAUCAUCGUGGAUUCAGUUUAAAUAAUGUUACUAGUGGAAAACUAGCUAAUAUCAGUGUUUUUAGCUUUGAAAUGCUGGUGUUCAAAAUGGACGUUUUUAAAAGGAUAUAGAAUGCCUAAGAAGUAGGCCUACGUUAACGUCUUGAAUCAGUGUCUUUUCCAGUUUAAAUAAUAAGUCUGUUAUCUGUUAACAUUUUCAGCCCAAUCGUUUGUUUUACAAAGACAUUCUAUUUUUAGAGCCUGUAUUUUUCUUUCUGCAUAACUAGUUUUUAAAACCUGUACUUCUAUCAGAAUGUGAAGCCAGGAUGCUAUGUAUAAUAGGAAAAGUGUUAUGCAUAGCAAGGAAAACCUAAUAUACUCACUGAAAUUGUAAGAAUUACAUGUCUUUUGAGCUUGAUUUGAUGGCACUUUCAUUGCCAGGUUGCAGUGUACAAAAUUAGGCACAAAGGCAGAAAGUAUGGAUGUACAAGAACUUCAUUCCUGUUCAUAAAUCAUGCAAACAUGCCCUGAAUAAGAGCAGGAACACAAUUCUUAGGAAUUUUUUGCAGUUUCCCAAAGUUCAGAAAAUGCAAGUGCAUGUAUGUUCAUUUUCAGAAGUGCGCCCAGUCUGCAUUUUCACACUUUAACCUAUGGAGUGGAUGAAAUACCCAUUUUUGGUAUUUUUAUUUAUUUUUUGAAUUGGGAAAAAUUGUGUGCUUUCUAAAAUGUACACUUUUUCCAAUAAAAAAUAUAUAUAAAUUUCCCCCCCAUCAGAAAACAAACAAGGUGAAAUGAGCUUUGUGGAAGGAUUCAGAGAACCUCAGUGGACUUGAACACUGCAUGGUUGCCUAUCCCUAGCAGGAAGUUGCACAUUUUCAUUACAGAGUGUAUUGAAUCCAUCCCUCUAUUGCUAUAUUUCUUAGGGAGCAAUCCUAUUCCCCCAUUCGUCAGAGUCUGGGGUGGGGUGGGUGGUAAGAUACUUCGGAUUCCUGGAUCCAAAGUACAGGGACAUUGAUCUGGCCUCAGACCUAGGAAUCUGCGCUCCUCCACCCCACCCGCCUUUUGGCAAGACAUGCAGCCCCUUCACUUAUCUGUUUGCAGCUAAGAAGUCCCUAACUUAUUUACUAUUUUGUCUGAACUUUAGUUACAAGUUUCAAAAUAAGCCACGAUAUUACAACAUGGUUUGAAGUUUAUUUAAUAUUCUGGUUUGUUCCAAAGCCUUGUAAUCAUAAUUACCAGAUUUGGACUGAAUGGGACAUUGUGAUUAAUUAGAGACUUCCUAGAUUGCUCAUACCACAAAGGGAAGAGCAAAAGACAAAAGGCGUGCUCAUAUAUGAUCAUUCAAAGCAGGCCAUUGUUAGUUUAACACGGACUGCUCUGAUUUUUUAAAUUUGUUUCAUAUCAAGCAAAGGUAACUAAUGUUGACUGAAGUUGGGUUUUUUUAAAAUAUAUAUUUUGAGGGAAAUGGCCCUAAUUAUGAUGGCAAAAUUCUUCUUGAUUGCAGCUGUUUUAAUCACUGAAUAAUGUAUUAAUUUUGAUCAUAUGUAGCUACAUUAUACUGUAUAUGAGUGAGUGAUAAGCAAAUUCUAAGGUAAUUCUACCUCUAUAUAGUUUGACAUGUAUUUUGUUAAUUACUAGAAAGAUGUACUAUUUUUUGAAAUGUUGAAAUAUAAAUGCUAACGAACAAUAAAAGUCAAAAUUGUGCACUUCA